AUGUCUUUUCAUUUUAGAAUUGGGAUUGCUUCUUGUGAUGGAAAAUCUAAUCCUAUUCGAUGUUACUCUACUGCUGAGCUCAUCAGAGCUACUAACAACUUUGAUCCUUCUUGCAUUAUAGAUGACUUACACUUCGACAUGUACAGGGGUAUUCUAGAUAACCGAACAGUCAUCAUUAAGAAGUACAGACAUAGGGACAGGAAUGAAUUAUUACCAUGGAAAACUAGACUGCGUAUUGCAAAGCAGCUUGCUAGUGCACUUACAUACCUACAUACUGCCUUUCCAAGGCCCAUCGUUCAUAGGAGUAUAACAUCCCACUGCAUUUUAUUGGACGAUGACUAUGUUCCCAAACUCUUCGACUAUUCAAUCUCCAGAACCAUUCCUCCUGACCAAUUGUAUGUUCAAGAAAAUUUCUCAUCAGGGACAGUGGGGUACAUAGACCCUGCUUCCCGAAUACAUCAUAAAAGUUCAGAAAAAACUGAUGUUUAUAGCUUUGGUGUGCUUUUACUUGUAUUCUUGACAAGAAGAGAUGCACAUAAACGAGGAGCAGAAAUUGAAUUCCUUACUGCAGAUCCGAAACUUAAUGUUUCUAAUGGACAGAUUCAAAUAGCGACAAUUGCGGACCCUAAAAUCCUUGAGGAAGUCGGGGGAGAUGAGCAAGCACAACAGCAACUGCAGGAUUUCCUAGCACUGGCAUUGUUGUGCAUCCAAGACCAAAGUGAAGCAAGGCCAGAUAUGAUUGAUGUGGCCAAAGAACUCGUACGAAUUGAAAAGUCUAUCUUGCCUUAGCUAGAUUAUGAUGCUUAAUUUACUUAUCCGCUGCAUUUGUUAUGCUAAGCUCAGUCU